AGGAAGACGGGACUCGACUGAACUACAGGAGUUGCGAGUAUGUUUGAGAGGAAAAUGGAGAAGAAAGGCACACAUGGAUUCGGCUUGGGAUUUUUCACAUUGCUCUGCCUGAUAACUGCUCAACAUGCUGGGGCGAACAUGGUAUUUACGAAAGCUAUUGUUCAAACGCGUUACUUUAACACAAGUGACAACCAAACGGUGUUACAGAGCUGUGAGUGUGGAUUAUAUGGGCUCCACUCUUCUGUCACCUCGGCUUCCGGAAAGGUGAUUCUCCCUAAUUCAGAUCCCUUAGCCUGUGGUCUCCAGAUAGGCUUUAACAGCUCAGAGCUGUGGAUCGCCCUUAUUCAGAGGGGGAACUGCACCUUCGCUGAGAAGAUCAAGACUGCUGCUGAAAAUGGAGCCACUGGUGUGGUUAUUUACAACCUUCCUGGUACAGGCGACGAGGUAACCCCCAUGGUGCACCAUGGUGAGUGAUUCGGUUACCUUCCAAUUGGUAGUGCUUCAGCCUUUUUGUUUUUCUAUUCCUUACAUAAUUGCAAGCUUAAUAACUAACUAGAAA